AUGCAAUAACGGAGACCUAAGCUGAAAUCUUUGGAUAAUAAAGAGAAUCAACACACUUCGGAAACUCCAAUACAGAAUCGCAAACUGUUUAGGAAGACAACACCAAAGCUAUUGUAGCCAUUACAAAUGGAUUAACACAUAAGUUCAAGGGAACCUUUGACUACAAAAGUGGAGGGACUACACAAAAUCAGGCUAAGAACCUAUGUUAAUACUAUUGAAAAUUUAGUGAAUGAUAAUUUGUUAAAAUUGAUUCCUCCCACUUGUGAUGGGAGUAUUUACUCGAUUGGAUAAUCAAUAGGUAAGGGGAGCUAUGCUACAGUAAGACUUGGAACUAACAAGUAAGGGUUGAAAGUAGCAAUAAAAGUAUAUGAAAAGUUAUUCUUAAAAGGCGAGAGACUCAAUAAUCUUGUCAAAGAAAUCAGUGCAUUGAAAGCACUUAAUCAUGAGCAGAUUGUUAAAUUAUUAGAUGUGUAUCAUUGUGGAAGCACAAUAAAUUUAGUAUUGGAGUACUGUGGAAACGAGAGUCUCUUCAAUUUGGUGAAAUAACAUAGAGCCUUAUCCAAGGAUUAUGCAUUCAAUAUCAUUCAUCAACUAUUGAAGAUCCUAGUAUACAUCCACGAGAAGAAUAUAUGUCAUAGAGACAUCAAGCUUGAGAAUAUCCUGAUAACCAAUAAAAGAAUUAAACUCAUAGAUUUCGGGUUUAGUACUAUAUGCAAUAGCAUUACUUGUCAUUGUGGUACUCCAAGCUAUAUGUCACCUGAAGUAGUCACAAAGCAGAAGUAUGAUGGGAGGACAACUGAUAUAUGGGCCUUGGGAGUCCUUUUUGUUGGUUUAUUGUAAGGCAGCUUCCCAUUUAAGGGUUCAACUGAAAAAGAACUCUUCUUUAAAAUCAGGAAUAAUGAGUAUACCAUUAAUAGUUAGGAUAAGGAUGUGAGAGAGUUUCUGAGACAGGUCUUUGUUUUGGAUCCUCAUCAUCGAUCAACUGCCAAAGAGUUACUAUAAUGCGAUGUUUUUAGAACUAUGUGA